AUUGCAGAACACCAGCAAUGUAAAGGAACUGUCCUCUGAUAUCCGCUCUGAUGAUAUCACCCCUAUCCGGAGACUUGUAAAGGGAGAUAAGAUAGUAUCUUAGAUACCCGUACUAUAAGGGAGAGUACAGUCCUGCUAGCUGCUUUAACUUGGUGUGUCUCUGUGAACGUGUAGAGGGUCAGUUUCGGAGUGGUGGUAGAGUUAAGUUGUAGAUGCAGUGCACAAAAUGUGUUGUCGUCGGAGACGGAUUUGUAGGCAAGACGGCGUUGGUGGGAGUCUUCAGUAACAAAGAAUACAAAGAAACAUACGUUCCUACUAUAUUUGAUAAUAAGAUUGUCGGUAUUCAGUACAAGCAAACAUGGAUAAACCUUGGAGUGUUCGAUACUGCCGGACAAGAAGAAUACGAUAAACUAAGGCCCAUGGCGUACACGGACACUGAUGUUUUUAUUGUGUGUUUCUCAAUGGUUGACAGAGAUUCCUUGGAGAAUAUUCUCAACAAAUGGGCUCCUGAGUUAGAUAAGUAUUGUCCGAAAGCAAGACGGCUUUUGGUCGGGACGAAAGUAGAUUUGUGGACGAAUAGUGAGUAUAGCGGCAGAGCUAUAUCGCAAGAAUAUAUCGACGAAAUAGCUAAUCAAAUAGGAGCUGUAGACUUCCUAGCAGUGUCAGCACUAGAACAGCAGGGUGUGGAGGAGGUGUUUCAGAGAGUAGCCGAGAUUGCCUUGGAGCUGGGGGAGCCGGAGAAAAAGAAGAAGUCAGAGUGCUCCGUUAUGUAGAAACAACCAACAGUUUGGAAGACAAAAGCAAAACCCUUGUGGUUUGGUGCGAGACAGAAGUUAAAUUGCAAGGGUUGGGAUCGCGACAGAAGCUGAACGAUUGGGGUUAUGGGCAGGACACAAAUAAAAUGGUUGUGUUCUACGGUUAAAUAACUGGUUACAGUACUGGUUACAGUACUGGUUACAGUACUGGUUACAGUACUGGUUACAGUACUGGUUACAGUACUGGUUACAGUACUGGUUACAGUACUGGUUACAGUACUGGUUACAGUACUGGUUACAGUACUGGUUACAGUACUGGUUACAGUACUGGUUACAGUACUGGUCGAACAACUGGAUCGUGGUGGGUUGAGUAAAACUUGUUUGAUAAGUCUUCAAUGAUCAUUAUAUUUGAGAAUGGUUCCCUCAAAGGGCUGGUUUAAUUAUGCUUUGAUAGGACUGCUGCUGAGGAGGGGCCUGGGACACUGACACUCCCAUCCUUUACUUUACACGAUUGCUUGUGUCAAGAGUUAGUUUUAAGAUGAAUAUAAGAACGAUUUGAGGAAUUGUGGGGGGAAAUGUGAUUUUAUUUUUGACGAGUUUGAUACAUCUUUGAGUGAUAUGCUUUGAUUUUCUAACAUAAAUAUCAUCCCGAGACCUUUUUUAUGACUGCAUCAGUUUGAAAUCUGCCAAAGUCGUCAACAACUAUUUUGUUAUUUAACUUAAAGCUUCUUUUUUCAUGAUUUCAUGUUUUUGAAUUUUUGUCCUUUGCUCGCUAUGUAUUUUAUUUUCCACUGGCACCGCCUGAAAUUUAAUUUAACAUCCGAUAUAAUUAAAAAACUGGGGAGAUGGAUUUAUAUUCAUCAUUGUGACAGUAUCAUUGCAAUGACCAAAUAAUGUAAUCGCUGUAUUUAUUAUUAAGUGUUGAUAAAUGAAGUACACCAAAUGAAAACAACUGAACUGCUGCCAAACAAAAACGCUGUAUUGUAUGGUUUAACAAGCCAAUCAAUUAAAUGAAUACAUCGCAAUUAACAUUAAAUAUCUAUAAUAAACAGAUUGGUAUUGUGUUCGUUUGCUUUACCAUGUUUGAUGAUGGAUAUUUCAAAAAGAACUAAA